AUGCAUUUUGAAUUGAGGAAAACUGUAGCCAACUAUGCAGGUUUCUUCACCUUCCUCGUAGCUUUCAUGAUAAUCGCCGUUGCUUUUCACCGAGCAGGCGACAACGGGAGCUUCAAGCUGCCACAACGCCAAGAAAAAACUAAGUACGAUGAGACUGCAAAGAUAUUUAGUUGGAGCAAAAAUUGCAGCUUAUUUUCAGGCAGAUGGAUUUUUGACAACGUUUCGUACCCAUUGUACGAGGAGAGAGCAUGCUCGUUCAUGAUGGACUACUACGCGUGUCUAAAGUUUGGAAGAGAAGAUGUUCAAUAUCAGAACUGGAGAUGGCAACCUCAUCACUGCAAUCUUCCAAGGUUCAAUGGAACAACAUUACUGGAGAAAAUAAGGGGGAAAAGGUUAGUGUUUGUGGGAGAUUCAUUAAAUAGGAAUCAAUGGGUUUCGAUGCUUUGCCUAAUCGAGUCUGCUCUUUCUCCAUCUUCUCCAAAAUCAGUGAUCAAUAAAGGCAAUUUAUUCAUUUUCAAGGCUACCGAAUACAAUGCAACGAUCGAAUUCUAUUGGUCGCCGUAUCUAGUAGAAUCUGACUGCGACAAUCCAUUUGAUCACUCGAAUCUUCACAAUCGUACGGUCAGGAUAACGACAAUCGAGAAGCAUGCUACAAGAUGGCAUGAUGCAGAUUUCCUCGUCUUCGAUUCCUAUGCAUGGUGGAUUGAUGACCCAAACAUCACACUCUCAUGGGGAUCUUUUGGGAGUUCCGACAAAAGAGUUUAUGCGGAUUCGAUGAUCCGUCGCUACGAGAUGGCCUUAAAUGUAUGGUCGGAUUGGUUGGAAAGCAACAUUAAUCGAACAAGAACUAAGUUGCUCUUUAUGAGCCCUUCGCCUUUUCACGUGUCUCGGGGCGGCAACGGGGAUGUUGUGUCGAUAUGUCACAGUAAAGUCGAGCCGGUUUUGGAAAUAGAGGAGACAAAAACUGGUCUUGAUCGAGAUAUGAUGCAUAUAGUCGACGCUGUCAUACAACAAAUGAAGGCGCGAGGUCUAAAUAUCGAAUAUUUGAAUAUAUCGCAUAUGUCGGAUUACAGAUUAGAUGCCCAUCCAUCAAUCUACAGAAAGUUUCCUCAUAAUUUUAGUAAAGAACGACUUAAGAUCUUUGCAGAUUGUCUCCACUGGUGUCUUCCCGGAUUGCCUGAUAUUUGGAACCAAAUUCUUUAUUCCUAUAUUGUUACACCCGCAUAA